AACGCGCAUCAUCAUCGUGUUGACUAUUUCAGGGUUUUAUCCACAUUUCUCGCUGCUAUUGUUAUCUUCCUGGACACCGACGCGUUCUUCAUCACUAAUAAGCCGAUCGUAUAUUGCGGAAAUAUCUCCUACGUACUUUAUCUUGUUCACUGGCCAGUAAUUGUUGCUGCUCGUUACUACUGUGAUACACAACAUCUCAGCACUAAAGGUGUCGAAUAUUCACAUACGUUGUUUGCAAAUGGAAGAAGCACUGUCCAGAAUUCAUUUUCAGCCGUCGUUUUCGUCGUUGUUUUCUGUCUACUGAUCUCAGCAGCAGCUCAUCAUUCCGUCGAGUACACUUCCUCCAACAAUUCCAGUGAGUUUCUUGCAACACAAUCAAAGAAGUAG